UUGGCGGAAGUAUUUGCCGGUGGGGGAAAGCUCUCUGUUACUGCAGACGAUGUGAUAUACAUCGAUAACGGUGCAAUUCCUGCACAAUUCUUAGCUGAGUUGAAUGAUGCCUUGACGUUUACGGACGGAGUCACUGUGAGCGCCACAGAUGUUACAAAGUACCUUAAUGUUUACAUAAAAAAGUACUAUGUUCACGGUUGUUGGAGCUUUCCGCAGGCUUCCACAGAUGAGAAGAAAUCUGAAGACGUCAAGGAUAAACUGGAAGAGGCACCAUCAUGUUCCGAACGACGCAGUGAAUCUAUGGAGUGUCAGCCUCCUGAUGAUGGGCCAGUUGUGGAACCUCGAAACACGGAAUUCCUUGCUCAGGAACUUCUGGGCACAUCAAACAAACACGAAGACUCGGGAUCUUCAGACGAAGCGGUGAAUGGUUUUUGCUCUUCAUCAGAAGCGCAGUCUGGAUCUGACGGCAAAGAUCUGCUUCGAUUAGAAGAAACUGAUCCAGCUUUGCUAGACAGGUUUUUCGUAGUUCAAGGCAGAAAACUUCUCGAGCUUUUUUACGUCAACGGAUGCGGGUGCGAGUACAACACUGAGAUCGGCACUAUUUGCCUCAGAAAACAUCCUUCUGGAGAUGUCCCGAUAAUUGAAUUCAUAGCCCAAGGGGAUGAACCAGAGGUCAGACAAUGGGCAGGUCUAUAA